AUGUAUACUAGUCUUGCUCAUACUAUCUUACCUCUAUCCCUCUUGGGUACCACCCUCGCUGGUGUUAUCCGAAUAAGAGGUGAAGAUGAUCACAACUACGAUCCUAAAAACCACCAGGACGACCAUGACAAGGACGAUCAUCACAACCACUACAGCGAGACUUCACCUCAAUUCAUCGGUUGUGUCAGUCGAAUAUUCUUCAACCUCGUCUCGAGUGAUGACAACUUUGAUGGUGACUUCACUGAACAAUCGGACUUGAACCCCUGUAUUGACCACUGUGUCGAUGAGAAGUUCCGAUACACCUAUUGGGACGCCGACAGGAAGCAGUGUUACUGCUCUCCCGCUCAACGACCCGACGCCGAUCAAAUCAGAGAUAACGAUUCUGAGACAGGUAGAUGUAAGAACAGAGAUGCCAUUGUCUUCCUCAACAACGCCGACUUUAUCUUCGGCGGCUGUUUCGACUCCGAUUCUAGCGAUUACGGUGUCGCUCCCGUCGCUCGAUUCAGCACUACCUCUGUUCGAGACUGCUUUGUCCUCUGUGACGAACCAUGUCGAGACAAGUUCGUCGAGGUAGUGGCUAUCACCCCUCGAUUCGACCCCGCUCUUUACAGCUUCGCCUAUGACUGUGAAUGUUUCGACAUCUCCUACGACGACCUCCCACCUUUGGUCAACCGAACCUGCGCUAUCGAUUCUAUCUUCGGCUAUGCUCGGGACGAGCACAAGGAUGAUGACCAUCAUAAGAAGGAAGGCAAGAGAGGUGACUAUGACUAUGAUUACGAUUAUGAUUCAGAGUCUGAUCACGGAUACAAAGGCGGCCACCGAGAUGAAGAUUACGAUCGAGAUGAUGACAGAGAUAAGGAUCAUGAUUACAAGCACCAUGAUGAUGAGGAUCAUGACCAUCACGAAAAAGAUGACAAGUACGAUCCAGACUACCACAAAAAUCACAAGGGCGACUACAACAACGAUGAUUCCGACCAUUACCUCUACGGAUACAAGGGCAAGCACCACAAGGGCGACUACAAUGAAGAGGAAGAAUCAGACCCGGACUAUGAUCACGGAAAGGAUUACGACCAUGAGGAGGACGACGAGGAGGCCAAUUACGAUUAUGACCACGGAAAGGAACAGGAUGACAAUCAGGAUGAUGGGGAUGAGAACCACAGCAAAGAUUAUGAUGGUGCUGAGGAGGAUGAGGACCCAAAUUACCAUUCUGGUAAAGGUCACGGCAACGAUGGGGACGAUACUGAGCAUCACAAAGGUGACAACUAUAAUGAUGAGGAUUUCGAUGACAACCAUCACGAUGACCAUGAUUACGACCACAAGAAGAAGCACAAUGACGACCACGACUAUAAUUACGGCUCUUACGGAAAAGGUCUGAGAUAUAUGUGUAGUCAUAUCAUCGCUUUGAAAUAUCACUGGUUGUAA